AUGGAGAAAACAUUAUUAGCAGUCGGUUUGAUGAUGUUAUUGGGCGCCAGCAUCUAUUUGAACAACACUUAAGAAUUAUCUGAUGAAAUUGAUACAGCAAAUCUUUAUACAAAUUGGAAGAUGAAAUAUAACAAAAGAUAUACAAACCAAAGAGAUGAAAUGUACAGAUUCAAGGCUUUCACAGACAACCUUAAUUACAUCAGGGCUUUCAAUCAAAGUCCAGAAGACAAAACAUACACUUUAGAAUUGAAUCAAUUUGCUGAUAUGAGCUAAUAAGAAUUCGCUUCAACUUAUUUGAAUUUAAGAGUUCCAAAGACAGCCAAGGUUAAUGCUGCCAAUGAUAACUUUUAAUACAAAGGUGCAGAAAUAGAUUGGACAGAUGGAUCCUAAAUUAAAUACCCUGCCAUUAAGAACUAAGGAUCAUGUGGUUCAUGCUGGGCAUUUGCUGCAGUUGCAACACUUGAAAUUAAUGCUUUAAUUGAACUUAGCAGAAAAUAUGACUUAUCUGAAUAAGAUUUGGUUGACUGCUCAGGUCCUUAUGACAAUUAAGGAUGCAAUGGUGGUUGGAUGGAUUCUGCUUAUGAAUAUGUAGCUGAUAACGGUUUAGCUGAAGCUAAAGAUUAUCCAUACACUGCUAAGGAUGGAGUCUGCAAGACUUCAGUUAAGAGAUCAUUCAAACAUGUUGUAGGAUUCAAAGAUAUUGAUUCAUGCAAUGAAUUAGCUGAAACAAUCUAAGAUAGAGUAGUUGCUGUUGCUGUUGAUGCCAAUCCUUGGUAAUUCUAUAGUAAUUAUUUAAAUUUAAUUUUAUAGGAAGUGGUGUCCUGUCCAAAUGUACUAAAAACUUAAAUCAUGGAGUCGUCGUUGUUGGUGUCUUAGCUGAUGGAGUUUGGAAAAUUAGAAAUUCAUGGGGAGCAACUUGGGGAGAAGCUGGUCAUAUUAGACUUGCCGGAGGUGAUACUUGCGGUAUCUGUGCUGCUCCUUCUUUCCCAGUAUUAGAAUAAAAACUUUGA